UAUACUUUGUUUACAGCUAUAUAAUUAUCUGUAUGACAGAGCAUUCCUUGUUAUGUCUAUGGUAUAAACUGGAUCAUUGCCUGUUGCACGGGGAUAAACGAGGUACUAUGACGGAUAAACUGGUGCUCAUUUUCGAUAGAAAGCACACGCAACAAUGAAUUUGAACAGGCGAAGUCAGCAGUCGUCUGUUUCCUGCCUGUAGCUGGGUCCUGUAUGGAAGCCCGUGCGAGGCUGUCCGGGAGACCCCGUGCUGCCUGCACCUCUCGUCUUGGUUGACAUGGACGAUGAAGAUGGCAGGUGCCUGCUAGAUGUAAUUUGUGACCCAGAAGCACUCAACGAUUUUCUUCAUGGAUUAGACACCCAUCUGGACACUGACAACCUAUUGGAUGGCUCGAGCGAUCCCUCGGGUGCUUUCUUCUCGGGUGCUGGGUGCCACAUUCCAGGGGUCCGGCCCCCAGUCCAGCUGCUGUCCAAUGAGCAGCCAGCCUUGCCCCGGGUCAGUGUGGACCUGGACUUCCUGGAAGAUGAUGUCAUCCUGGGCGGGUCGCCGGGCGGUAGCGGUAGCAACACCAUGGAGCCAUGUGACAUCCUGCAGCAGAGCCUGGCGGAGGCUAACAUUACAGAGCAGAGCCUGCAGGAGGCUGAGGCAGAGCUGGACCUGGGCUCCUUCGACCUCACCAUGCCAGGUCUGACUCAGGUGGUCCAGACCCUGCCCUGUACAGACAGCCUGACUGGGUCUGGAGGGACCGCUGCGGGGGUGGGGCUCCCCAUCUUCCCUGGAGCUCCAGGCUCCUCCGCCACCCCUCCCCAGGCCACAGCUGACAUGCUGGGCUCGGUGCUGGCCCAACAGGGCCUGGAGUUUGGGCCCCAGGUCAUGAACAAGGCCCAGACAAUCAGUAUGCAGCCUUACAUUCAGCAGGUGGCAGGCCUGGGUAACGUCACCCUUCAGCCAAUCGCCUCCCUCCAGGCUCUACCUAACGGCUGUCAGUCAGGACACCUGGGACAGAUACAGGUGAUGGGCCAGCCCACUGUGAUGAUGAACCAAUCAGGACAGCCCAUCCUGGCCAAGAGUAUGGGAGGAUACCAGCUGCACCAGCCUGGCCCCGAGGCACAGGGGGCAGGUGGGCAGGGCGGACUGGGAGGGGACUUCCCCAAACCCCCAGGGGCAGCCAUCCAGCCCAAACUGUUCAAGCAGCAGCAGGCCCAGCCCCACACCCUCCAGAAUGAUGCCAACAAGGCUCUUGGGGCUCAGGUCCCUGUCUCCGCUGCCCAGAAUGUAGCCUUCCUGACAGGCAAGCCUGGCGCCAACGUGGUCCUGACCUCCCAGGCAGGGCUUCCCCAACAGGCUCUGUUCAAACAGCAGACACUGGGGGUCAGAUCCUCACGCAGCACCCUGGGGGCCACAUUAUCACCUCCCGGGGCCUGGGGGCCAGCUGAUAGCCAACCAGAUCCUGGCUCAGCACCAGAACAUCAACCUGGGCCAGGUGCUGACUUCUCAGGGCCACCCUCUGCCCAGGGCCACAUCCAGCUGCAGCCGGGCCAGAUGGGGGCGGGACAUCAGCUCUUCCAGAUGCCUGUCACCCUCUCCCAGAACCAGAGCCACCCAGUCAUGGGUCACCAGGCCCACACAGUGAUCCAGGGCAUGCCCUUGCACAACUCCCUGGCCAUGCUGAGCCAGGUAGAAGGGUUGAGUCCUGCUGUCAGCUUGCAGCCCGCUCUGCAGCCACAGCCAGGGGGCGUUCCCAGCAGCGGGGUGGGUGGGGCUGCUGCCAUUGCACAGGGCCAGCCUGGGGGUAGUGUGCCGAUGCGGGGGAGUUCUACAGAGCAGGCAGCCCACCCUGGACAAGCCCUUCGGCCCUCCUCCAUCCUCUCUAUGCAGGCUGGGCCCUCUGUCUCCAUGGCCAUGUCUGUCCCCUCCUCUCCGUCCUUAUCUGUGUCCACCACACUGGUCCCCCACCUAGCCCAGCAGCACAGCCCCGGGAGCAGGGUGCUCUUCACGGGCCACCAGGGCUCCAGCAUGAUCCUCAGCCAGGAACACCUCCAGAUGUUCCUCCAGCAGGACCAGCGACAGACAGAGAAUGAUCCCGUCUCCACUGUGUCAGUGGGCGUGCCAGCGUCCGUUAUCGUCAGCAGCAACAGCAGCUUUGGCCAAGCCUCCUCGGGCCAUGACAGCCAAUUAGCUGAGACAGCAGUGGUAAACCAGAUGCCCCAGGCGGGUGGCCAGCAGCAGCAACUGAAGCUCCAGAGCCUGUCCCCCUCCCAGCCCCUGGCCUCCCACACUGCCCUCCCUCUGUCGGACAGCCCCCAGCCCUCCCCCCUCCCCAUGCAUUCCCCCCAGUCCUGGCCCCCUUCUCAACCCCAGACCCCUGCCCGAUCCUGCACCCCCUCCUCUCUUCCCCCAAUGUUCAUUAUCCAGAACCAGAUACCAGGCCACUCCCAGCCUGCACUACUACAACAACAACAACAACAACAACAACAACAACAGAUACACCUCCAGCCCCGGCCCCCCUCCCAGCCUGCCCCACAACAACAACAACAGAUACACCUCCAGCCCCGCCUCCCAGCCUGCCCCACAACAACAACAACAACAACAGAUACACCUCCAGCCCCGCCCCCCCUCCCAGCCUGCUCUCUACGAACCGGACGUCCCCCCUCCCUCUCGCUCCCCCAAACCCUCCCAGAUCCUCCAGGCCCCUCUGGCAGGGCUCCAGUUCACUGCGUCUUAACAGCAGAGCGGCAGCACCGCCUGCAGCUGGUUGGUGCUCAGCCUUCUCCACAACAGAAACACCAGGUGCAACAGACCAUUCUACUACAGGCCAAAUGGCAGCAGCAAAGCCAGCCCCAACCCCAACAGCAUGGUGGUCAACAACAAGACGUGCCUGCUCCUCAGUCAUCUGUGCUGGUCAAGACUCCUGCCACAGCAUUCAAUGACCUGUUGUCAGGAGCUCAGGUGACCCAGGGGGGCGUGGCUCCAGCUAACCAGCCUGGUCAACAGUCAUUACACCAGGUGCAGGUGGGGGGGAUGGAGUCCGUGUCAGGUCUGAGUCAGAUGACCUCUACACAGCAGACUUUCAGCCCUGGUCUGGCCCCUCUACAAACACAGACUGCUGCUAUGAAGAUGCAUUUCAGUAUGGCUAAACCCAGCAAGGAAGCCAGGAUGUUGGAGCAGCUGAGGAAGCAGCAGGGCUCAGUCCUCCACCCAGACUACAGCUCUUCCUUCCAGUGCUUUGAAGACACCCUGACCCACCUGGUGCCUUACCACCUACUACAGAGGUACAGGGCAUCACCGGGCACUGCCACCCCACCACACGACUACCACAGAGUGGAUGAUGAGUUUCAGAGGGUUUCCAGCCAGCUCCUGAAGAGAACGCAGGCUAUGCUGGAUAAAUACAGACACCUCCUUUUUGAGGAAUCAACGCGCCUUGGCUCGUCAGCUGAGAUGGUAAUGAUGGACAGGAUGUUUAUUCAGGAAGAGAAGAUCUCUCUGGGACAGGACCGCAUCCUCGCCAGAGACAGGCCUGAGGAGUAUGUAGCCAACUCAAGGAUGAUGGAGAUUGAGAGUGGAGCUGCCAACAUGGCCCAGUCCAAGCCUCAGCUACAGUCCCAGCUCAAACAUAAGCCUCAGCCCCAUCCUGACCCUCAGCCCCUGUCCCAUCCUCAUCCCCAGCCCCUGUCCCAUCCUCAGCCCCUGUCCCAUCCUCAGCCCCAUCCUCGGCUCCAUUCCGAGCCCCAGCUCCAGUCCGAGCCUCAUCCUCAGCCUCUGUCCCAGCUCCAGUCCGAGCCUCAUCCUCAGCCUCUGUCCCAGCUCCAGUCCGAGCCUCAUCCUCAGCCCCUGUCCCAGCCCCAUCCUGAACCCCAGCCUCAUCCUCAGCCCCUGUCCCAGCCCCAUCCUGAACCCCAGCCUCAUCCUCAGCCCCUGUCCCAGCCCCAUCCUGAACCCCAGCCUCAUCCUCAGCCCCUGUCCCAGCCCCAUCCUGAACCCCAGCCCCAUCCUGAACCCCAGCCCCAUCCUCAGCCCCGGUCCCAGCCUCAGCCCCAGUGGUUUGAGCCCAGCCCCGUAAGGAGUGGUGUUGCCCCUGCUCCAGCCCCACCACCGAUCCCGGACCACUUCCCCUCCACCAAGCUGGUGAUAAAGCAGGGAGGAGCGGGGGCGUCUGUCUCCUGGUCCAGCUCCCCAGCUCCUGUGGCCAGGCCGGGGUCAGGGGUUAGACAGACAGCCGACACCCAGAGUCACAGCUCCUCCUUCAGCCGCGCUCCUCCACCUCCCUCCCGUCACUCACUCCACCACCCUUUCUCCUCCUCUCGUCCAGCUGAGGAUGAUGAUACUCUCCCCCGGAGGACCAGUAAACCCCCCAUGAAGACGUACGCCGCCCGCCCACGCAUCGGCUUGAAGCUCAAGAUCAAGCAGGAGGCGGGGUUUAGUAAGGUGGUGCAUAACACCGCCCUCGACCCGGUCCACACACCAUCCACACCCAACCCUAAGCCACAGCCACUCCAUACCACCCUGCCCCAACCGGCACCGGCACUCCCUACCACCCUGCCCCACCCGGCGCCGCCACUCCCUACCACCCUGCCCCACCCGGCGCCGGCACUCCCUACCACACGACCCCAACUGACGCCAGCACUCCCUACCACCCUGCCCCAACCGACGCCGGCACUCCCUACCACCCUGCCCCAACCGACGCCGGCACUCUCUACCACACGACCCCAACCGACGCCGGCACUCUCUACCACACGACCCCAACCGACGCCGGCACUCUCUACCACACGACCCCAACCGACGCCGGCACUCCCUAAAGCCCAAACAGCAGCACUAGCCACGCCGCCUUCUAUAACUGUCAUUAGGACUCCUCCCCCUAGCUGUAACACAGCCUCCUCAGCAAUGGUCUCCAUAGCAACCACACAGGCGACCCCCAGCCCACAGAGAGUCACAGCGCCCGCAUCUUCCUCCACGGCUCAGAUGAACGGAGCGUUAGAACAUCACAAUGUGGGUGGAGUCAAGCGUAACCCCGCCUCCACUUCCCCUCAGACCACCUGCCGCCUGCCUCUACGGAAGACUUAUCGGGAGAACAUCAGCCCCCGUGUCCGACCGGGCGUACCGGGAGGAGGAGGAGACAGUGUCCCGUACCCCCGUCCCUCCCCCUCGCCCCCCAAUUCUCCUCCCCCACCCUCCUCACCCUCUCCCUCCUCAGAGGGGACAGUGAUCACCAGCAUGAAGCUGGAGAAGAGAGGAGGAAGCCCAAGGGAGGGGACCUCUCACACAGAGCUCAGCCGGGAGGCCCUGAGGCUGGGGAACUCCUCCCCCUCCUCUCCUGGCCUAGUGCAGGGCAUCACAAACACCCAGCAGCAUCUCUCAGACAGAGAGGAGGAGAGGGGGAGAGAAGGGGAUCAUUGGGACAGAGGGGCGGACAUGGGGAGGUAUAAGAGGGUGAGCAGUAAAAACCACCAGAGGUCAGGUGGGGGUGAUACGUUCAGAAUGGACCAGCAUGCCCCUGGGCCCCCUUCCUCGCCGCCAGACACUUCUUGUUACAGAGACUCAUCACUUCCUGCUAAGCGCUGUAAGUCAGACUCUCCUGUCAUGGACAACGCCUCCUUCUCCUCCGGCUCCCCGCCACACGAUGAGUCUCUUAACGAGCACCUGCAGUGUGCCAUCGACACCAUCCUCAACUUGCAGGGCCAGGCUCAGAGGCCCACACCACGCAGAGCCAAAGGGGCCUCCGUCAGGCCACAUCACCACCACAGCCAGCGACCCACGACCCCUCAGCCCUCCUCACACACAUACAGACCCUCAGUCUCCUCUUCAUCCUCUCUGGCCCAUCACUCUCAGGUUGGAGGCAGAGGACUGGUGCCACAGACUCACAGCAGAUAACACACACAACAGUUGGGACUGAAGAGAGGAAUAACUCUCACUGCUCUGACAAGCUCAGUUGACCUUGUUUGUCCAUCUGAAUGUUGUUUCCUUUACAACAUGACCCAAUGCUCACAGUCACUGGAUGGAUGGAUGGAUGGAUGGUGAUGACUUUCUCUGUAAAAAGUUAUGCUUUACUCUGUGGCAGUACCCUCUGCUCUCCCAACUCAUGCUUUACUCUGUGGCAGUACCCUCUGCUCUCCCAACUUAUGCUUUACUCUGUGGCAGUACCCUCUGCUCUCCCAACUUAUGCUUUACUCUGUGGCAGUACCCUCUGCUCUCCCAACUCAUGCUUUACUCUGUGGCAGUACCCUCUGCUCUCCCAACUCAUGCUUUACUCUGUGGCAGUACCCUCUGCUCUCCCAACUCAUGCUUUACUCUGUGGCAGUACCCUCUGCUCUCCCAACUUAUGCUUUACUCUGUGGCAGUACCCUCUGCUCUCCCAACUCAUGCUUUACUCUGUGGCAGUACCCUCUGCUCUCCCAACUUAUGCUUUACUCUGUGGCAGUACCCUCUGCU